UAAAGUUGCUACAAAGUGACCUUGGGCUGCAGCGUUUUCUCCCCUCCCCCCUUACAUCCGGGCGCUGCUCACCCCCGCCGCGCCUGCGCACCGCACCCCGCGCCCCAUUCAGUCCGCUCGACCUCCGCUGCUGCAGCCGAGAGGCGGAUUCCAGCGCCGAGGAGGCCCCGGGGACACAGCGCCAGCCCACAGCCCUCUGCCAUGUUCGCCUGCGUGAAGCUCGCCUCCUCCCCGGCCCUGAUCCGUGCAGGAUCAAGAGUCUUGUACAGACCAAUUUCCGCAUCAGUGUUGUCUAGGCCAGAGGUCAGGACUGGAGAGGGCAGCUCAACACUUAAUGGAGCCCAGAAUGCUGUCUUCCAAGUAGCACUUAGAGAGUUCCAGACCAGUGCUGUCAGCAGGGACAUUGACACUGCUGCCAAAUUUAUUGGUGCUGGCGCUGCCACAGUAGGAGUGGCUGGUUCUGGUGCUGGUAUCGGAACCGUCUUUGGUAGUCUAAUCAUUGGUUAUGCCAGAAAUCCCUCUCUGAAGCAGCAGCUGUUUUCAUAUGCUAUCCUGGGAUUCGCCCUGUCUGAAGCUAUGGGUCUCUUUUGUCUGAUGGUUGCUUUCUUGAUCCUGUUUGCAAUGUGAAGAGAUCUGCUGCUCGUAAUGUUAGCAUUAGUAAACUACAAAUGUAAUUGUAUGUAUUUUACUGAGGCUCCCAAAAUGUUGGUGUCAUGGAAACGAACAUUAUUUCCAAAGUCAUUUCAUUAAAGAUAAUAACUUUAACUGUC